UACUUGUUCGUGACCUACAAUAAGAGCAAGAAGAACGUAAUUUUUUGGGUUUAAUUUUUAUAUACUUAAUAUAUAUUGUUAUCAAUAGAGCAUGGCUGCAGUAUAUCGUAAUUUUAUUGUGACCCUUGAUAAAUUUGUGCCACCAAAAUUCCAACCUGUAUGGAAUCAUCCUGCUGGUCCAAAAACCAUUUUUUUCUGGGCUCCAGCAUUCAAAUGGGCUCUUGUGAUAGCGGGAAUUGGAGAUAUUGCUCGACCAGCUGAGAAAUUGAGUGUAUCCCAGUCAUCAGCCUUGGCUGCUACAGGAAUAAUCUGGUCUCGUUACUCAAUGGUCAUUAUACCUAAGAACUGGAACCUCUUAAGUGUCAAUAUUUUUGUUGCUCUGACUGGAAUUUACCAACUCUCCCGGAUCUACAUGUACCAUAGUUCACAGCAAAAGCAAGCAAACCAGGAAUAAACCAGAACUUCUGCAGAAUACUGUAGUAAUCUUGAAUUUUAUGGUACAAAAUAUUUAGUCAGUGUAAAUAUAAUAAUGAAUGAACUGCACCAUUGUGCUUAUUCAAUUGUAGUUUGAUUCUGUUAAUCAACAGGCUUUCCUUUAUAAAGAGUAGUAGAGAACAAUUUAAAAUUCUUGCUAAUGCAAAUAAUGAACAGGAACUGCAUGUAAAGCAAUGUUGAUUAACAGAAUCAAACCAGGAUUGAAUGAGCAAAAUCAUGCAGUACCCUUAUUAUUAAAUCUAUAAUGUGUUAGUAUUUGUUAUAGUCAACAUAGGUAUCAUGGAUUAUUGAGAUUUUUAUAAUACAAAACAAAUUCUUAAAAGAAUGUUAAGAAUAAAUGGUUUUAAAAACAGAUUUUCUCAUUUAAAAACUGUAUUUAAGUUGUUAAUUCAAUUGUUUGCAGCAAUGCCAUUGUUUUUUUAUAGUCAUCAGUUUAUAAAAGCAAGGGUGGCUAAGACUAAAGUGUGGUAGUUAAAUACUGUUUUUCUUGAGUAUUUUGUAAACUAGCUGGAAACUGCUCAAACUUCCAUUUUUUGUUUUGAAAACAAAGUUGUUAUUUUAAGAUUGCCAUAUUUAGUUUAAUUCCAUGCUCAAAUUCUGUUUAUUCUUAAUGAAAUGUAUUUUGUUUAGAUAAAUAAAAGACAGGUUCAAAUCUA